AUGGAAGCCAACGUUGUUGUGAAACUAGAUUUCCUGAACCUCAACAAUAUCCUACACUAUAUUGAAUUUGAUCAUAUAAUGUUCUCGAAGAAAAGUCCAAGUCAAGCACAGUGUAAUCAAGAAACAUGUGGAUUAAUAAUUCGAGAUACUUGUCAAAUUAAAACAACAUCUGUUGGAUAUAAGCUUGAGCAAACAGAUGCUGAUACACUUGUGAACGCAUUCAAUAAUCCAACAGUAUUACGGAAGAAAGGUUUAUAUUUCAAUGAUAUAUACUAUCAAUGUAUACGCGCAGAUAACGAGGCAAUCUAUGCAAAAGAGGUUCGUGCACUUCUUGUUUAG